CAUCACUUUUCUUUCCUCAUCAUCCUUCCUCAUCCCUCUUCUACACUUCUACACUCAUCACUGUUCACCCGAGGCAUGCCCAGUCUCUGUUCCACUCUCAUUCUUGCCUGAACGACUACAUCCCUCGCGCAUUAUCCUCACCCGCCAUUUGUCUUGCACCUGGGCUCAGAGCCGUCAAACUACCGCCACUUUAUCUCCCUUCUGCCUAGUUCUUAUCUUCUAUCACCAUGGGUCUCUUUUCGAACAAGAAAAAAGAGGAUCCGGCUUCGACUAAUAACCAACAGAGCAGCAAUAUGGGCGUGAAACAGCAGCGACCCCCUCCUUCUCCCAAUGGCCUCCAUGGCUUUAACAACAGCAGCAGCAGCAUGCAAGGCGGCGUCCCAAACAGUGGAAGUAAUAAUCAUAAUGGACACAGCACUUCUCCAUCUUUUGGACCUGGAGGGCCUGUAGGGAACGGGCCUUUGAGUCCCAUGAGUCCUAUACCACAGCAAACAUAUUCACCUAUGUAUAGUCCGCCCUCACCGACACAGCUGCACAGUCCGACAUUCGCAUCAUCAGGGUCAAAUCCGGCGGCCGUUCCGGCCACACCUCAGUUGUUCUGGACCCAGCGGCGAAUCUUGGGGACGAAUCCGUUCCCACGAUUUCAGCAUACGAGCUCCAUAACCGUGAAUGGAACAGAUAUUUACUUGUAUGGUGGCAGUCAACGCGGAACGACCAAGGGAGAUCUCUUUCUUAUUGACUCUGUGUCGCUGGAGUGUCAAGCAGUUGCUGCUGCUGGCGCUGAUCCCCCGAUGGCCAAGAGCGGCCACUCCGCCGUAAAUAUUGGCCAGUAUAUCAUAUAUUUUGGCGGUUGGGACUCGAUGACUGGUCAAUGUGAUGAUAGUCUCCAUGUGCUGCAUACGGGUAGGAAGGAGUGGAACAAGCCGCCAAUCAAGGGGCCCCUGCCCACGCCCCGCCAUUCACACAUAGGAUGCAGUGUAGGGACGACCAUGUACAUCUUUGGCGGUCAGGUCGAUAAUUUCUACCUGGACGACAUCGCAGCCUUUGACAUGAAAUCAAUCACACAUAACCCAAGAUGGGAAAAGCUCGAGCCGCAGACAGAGUCGCCUCCUGCUCGUUCAGGCCAUUGUGCGGGCGUACAUGAGGGCAAGAUCUACGUAUUUGGAGGCGCCGAUGCAGAUUAUUUCUACAACGACAUAUGGUGUUUUGAUCCCUGGGCCCUGACCUGGACGCCCAUCCCAGCUUCUGGAUAUCUUCCAACGGGUCGCCAUGGACACGCUUGCACUGUCGCGGACGGAAUCAUGUAUAUUUUCGGCGGAAACAGCCCUGAUGGGACUGAACUAAACGAUGCCUACGCUUUCAAGAUUCAUGAGCGUCGUUGGUAUCUCUUCCAAAACGUCGGACCUGUGGCUAGUCCAAGAAGUGGCCACUCAAUGUGCACAAUCAAGGAUCGGGUAUUUGUCCUCGGCGGAGAAUCAGAGCAGACCAAGCUGGAGGACUCUGCGCUGAUAUAUUAUCUUGAGAUUCCCAAGAUUCGUUUCCCUGACUCUGGACCAACAAUGAUUCCUCCCCGUCAAGCAUCGUCUCAGAAACUUGUUUCGAACCGACCUAGCGAAGUUUCCGUGCAAGAGCAGCCCGGUUCUAGUGAAUAUGAGUCUGACAGGAACUCGGGGCAGCAGCGUGCACCCGAUCGCCCUGAAAGACCAGACAGACCAGAUCGCCGCCUUACUCAGAGACCUACGUCCCCCGCGGCAUUCGGACCCAUGGAUCGUCAAGGUUCAUCAUCCAGCCUCACUAUCUCACAGCAAACCAGCCAGUUGAUAAAUCCUCAGCUUGGCCAGCGGCCCCUAACCACGUUUGGUGCACCACCGCCUCGAGGAGCUAGCGCAGGAAUCCAGACCUCAGGCCCAAUGAACGAUUAUCAGGCAGAUGGUUUGUCGAUCGCUACCCGCCGCCAGACUUUGAGGGACGACUUUCAGGGAGGAUACGGUGGCGCCGUCAUUGGUACCGCCAGUCCUAUCAACAGCGCUAGCGUUAAUCGUAGGACAAUGCAUCAGAUGCCCACCAGCCCAAGUAUGGGCGUGGCAAGCCCAUCUCCGUUGAGGGUCAUCAAUGUUUCCUCAACUAGUCCUCCGCUUUCGUCGCGGUCACUCUCUAGUACAGGCGAUGGUAGCCCAACUGCAUCUCGACCACAAGACCGCCGCACCAUGAACUUUGUCCCACCCUCGGGCUCCAUUAGCAAUACUGAAGAUAUCAAUCCCUAUGCAAUGGAAGCCAUCACUGCCUUUGCACCCCCUCCUCCAGCAGCCCAGAGCGCUCAGGCCGGAGCGGGCUCAUACGUCCCCCCUCCGCCUCCCGGCGGAGUCGCCCCUGCAGGCGGAUCAAGCAUCCCAGCAAAUGCUCCUCUGCUUUCACCCAGCGUCCUGCGCGGCAACCUCCCACCGCCUCCAACAACUCCUUCGCCACCUGUGUCGGGUUCUAUUCCACUUCCUCCUGGCGCGGACAAAAAGUCCAACCAGGCUCAACCACUGCCGCCACCACUUCAUUCAAUUGGGUCAUCGACGCCCAUUCCAGGUCCACUCGAUCGCUCUUCCUCACCAGCGUCCGGUCGAUUUGCGGCUCGUGGAUCUAGUGGCUCGAAUAACUCUGGAUUUGGUCUCGGAAUUGGCCCCGCUCCAUCCUCAGCAAUUCUAUCGACUGAUUCGACAGCACGUACCUCGGCACAGGGCACGGCCAAGAUCAAGUCGAUCGAAUCCCGUGCUGAGGCAGUUCAGGACGAAAAUAAGCUGCUGAAGCAAGAGAUCAAGGCCAAGCAUGAGGAGCUGGAAAAGAUGAAAAAACGAGAGAACUGGCUUAUGGCCGAGGUGAUUCUGGCCAGGGAUUCUCUUGCACCCAACAGAAAGGAGACGAAGGACUCGGUUAGUUUCCAAAACCGACGCUUGUCAAUGUUGGACUUGGAAAAGGAGCUGGAGAGGGGAGAGCUGGAGGGACAGCAGCUCAAGAUCACGAAGGCACUCAUCAAAGUCAAGGAGGAGCUCAAGACUGUCAAGAUGUCGAUUGCAACUCAAGCGCAAGCAGCAUCGUCCAAGAUCAAAGAGGCCGAGCGAGUUAGGACAGGUGCGCUACAAGAGGCUGCUUAUCUCAAGGCUAAAUUGUCGUCGAUGUCGAACGCUCAGCAGGAUCCCAACGCACUAGCCCGAGUUGAAAUGGAGCGUGCUGCGGAUCUUGAGAAGCGCUUGACCAGUGCCCUCAACGAACUCGAGGCGCUGGAUACCCAGUACACUAAAGCGCAAGAACAUCUCGAGCAAGAAAAAAUGUCGCGUAUCGCGGCUGAUGAGCGGUCUCAAGGCUCCGCGCUGCUAGCAGACCAGUCCCAGGCUGCUCACACCCGCGCGCUUGCCGAACUUGCUUCGUUGCAUAAUCGUGCUACGAAGGCCGAGGCCGAGGUGAGAGACACUGUUUCCAGAGUAUCAGAGUUGGAGCACGAGCUGGGUUCACUCAAGAAAUUGCAUGCACUCUCGCAGGAGUCGGCAUCCAAGUCCGCGACUGAGCUGGCAGAGGCUAUGAUUGAGAUCUCGCGACUGGAGCAGUUCUCGAUGCAAGCCCGCGCAGAAACAAUCUCGCUCCAAAGGAUGCUGUCUCAGGAGCGUGAGAGUGCCGCAGAGGUCAAGAACGGCCUGAGCAGGACCGAGCAGGAACUGGAGGCCAAGAUCAAGGAGCUGGAAGAUCAUGAGGUGCAGCUGGGAUUGCUGAAAGAUGUCAUGCGUGAGAAG